AUGGCGCCCAACAUCGUCGUCUCCCGUCCCACAUUCCCAACCUACCUCCUCCCAAGCUUCAACAUCAUCCCCUUCCGCCGCCGCUCCCCGCGCCGGACCUCGUCCGCAUCAGAAGCAGCAGCAGCGGCAGAAAUAGCUUCGACGUCCCCGGACUCAACCCCAGACGCAAGCCAAGUCCCCUCCCUAAGCUCCUCGCCGACCUCCUCAACGACAGACGAGACCGUGACACCGCCAAACAGCCCGCCGCCGCCGACGUACCAAGAUGCUACCACCACCACCACCACCACCACCACCACCACCACCACCACCACCACCACAACAACAGCUAGCAGCAUACCAGAUAUCCUCUCCAAGUCAAAAUCCACAAGCACAGCCCCCACCGCCAACAACAACACCAACAGAAACAAUAAAGCAACCUCUCUGGCGCGCACCCAGCCAGACACCCUCCGCUGCUCAACCUGCUCCUGCGACAUCGCCUUCUCCUCCCAAAUCGUAAGCAAAGGCUUCACAGGCCGCUACGGCCGCGCCUACCUCAUCGCGCCGACCGUCACCCCAAGUACAAGCACCGCCAAUAGCACAUCCUCCUCCACUACCCAGAAUGCAGGCGGCGCAAACAACAGCAAAAACAAGGGAAGCCUCGCCAACGUCCGCAUAGGAAAAUGCGAAAACCGCCAGCUCGUCACGGGCUGGCACGUCGUCGCGGACAUCACAUGCGUCCUCUGCAGCGCGAAACUCGGGUGGAAGUACGUCGACGCCAAGGAGCUCAGCCAAAAAUACAAGGUUGGCAAGUUCAUCCUUGAGGUUGAGCGCGUGGUACCGUUUCGCAGCUGGGAGGACGUCGUCGACGUCCGGGAUGAUGAGUAUUCUGAUGACGAAGACGACGACGUAUCAGAGGAUGAGGAAGCCGUGGCAGAGGUAUCCAGCGGAGACGGAGUAGGUAGUGACAGAGACGAGGAUGGUGUAGACCGGAACGGCGACGGUAGUGGCGGCGGCGACGACAGUGCCGCCCAGCGCGCUCGCAAGGACACGUCGGACAGCGAGGUCGAGAUUGUAUUUGAUUCCGAGGAUGAGGAUGACCUCGAGGAUAUGUUCUCUGGAAACUGGGACCCAGAGGUUGUGGCAAAGAGACGGAGCCGUCGAGUGGCGACGGCGCGGAAGAAGUAG